AUGGCAAAUAAAUGGAGAAUGUUAAAUUCUAACAAAAAUCCAGAGUCAUUGAGUGUAUUUAGUGGCCUAAAUAUCGAUUUGGAGACAUAUUGCAAGGAAAUAGAUGGUAAACUUGCCAAUAUUUCCUGGGUAAAGUCAGUUUCGGAAUCUUUUGGAUGCCGACCUUGUUACUUAAUGUUUGGGGGGGUAUCCAUAUUGGUUCUAAUAGUGAGUAUGGGUUAUGCUGGAGCACUGAUUUGUAACUUAGUUGGUUUUAUUUACCCUGCAUAUAUGAGUUUCAAGGCACUAGAAACACCAGGGAAGUUGGAUGACAAACAGUGGCUCACUUACUGGGUAGUUUAUGCCAUAUUUAACAUUCUAGAAGUUUUCAUCGACAUUAUACUCUUCUGGAUGCCAUUUUACUACUUAUUCAAGCUCUGUUUUCUAUUCUGGCUAUUUUUGCCUCAAACAACAGGAGCUGUAAUGUUGUAUAAUAAUAUUUUUCGACCAUUGCUGAUCAGGUUUGAAAAAAAAAUAGAUAUCACAAUUGAGAAUGUUUUGGAUGUAUCAAACUCAGCGAGGCUUGUCGCCCAACGAUAUUCAAAAAAACUACUAGAGGGCUCUGAAAAAAUAGAGUAA